CCUAAAUGCUCCCGCCCACGCCCCUACCCAUCCCACUUUCGCUUGUGAGACCAGACAAGCUACUGUCUGAUUGGUCGUCACAGCUGUAGCUUUCUCUCCCACGCCCUCCCCUCCGCUUUCUUCACCUCGUUGCACCCCACUCCAUUCAUCUCAGGUCAGUCUUCGCGACGACGGAACACUCUCGGUCUCUUUCCAUGGCAUGAACUUGCGCUGUCUUUUUCUUGCUCUUGUUAGCUAUUUCUCUUUAGCAUCCCCUCGAUCCCAUAUUUUUGUUCAAGUGACCUGGGCUCGCUUCAUUGCUUCACCGUUACGCUUCGCGCUCAUCUGAACUACAUCUUGAAAUCCGUCUUAGUACAUCAUAGGCCGGCUUUUCGUAUAUACGACUCCCAUCUCGCCUACAUAUCGCCUUGAUCCGACCAAACAUUUCCUUCGAUCCCUCAAGCUAGCAGCCGAAACUGCGCGUCUUGCAAACGAAUCGAGGUAUCGUCCACUGGCUAUUUUGCAUCGCGCACCUAGCUAGACGUUGAUACGUUUUCGUCUUGUUCAAGGUCCAAUUGAGAAGCUCAUCAUCGGCUUAAUCAUAGUUGGUCUGCUAGUACCGCUCCAUAUUUCUAUACAUUACUUGCGCCGGGCCUCACUGCACUCAGCUGCGGUCAAUUGAAUUGCCCAGUAUUUCAGGAUCUUCUAUUCAUCUGUCUCUGCGCCUCUCAGUUCGCCCCAGGGUGUUUAAUAUUCUGUCUUGCCAACUCAAGAUUUCCCCACACAGAGGCCAUUCUAAGUUGCUGGUCACCAUCUCGACACCAAGUUGCUUUUGCGAUUCUUCCUCUCCAGUUUCUACAACUCGUUCAGUGCGCCUGCAAAGUUGCGGUUGUCUUUGCGCUGCUGACGCUUCUAAUUGCUGAAGCUGGAAUAUCUGGUAGUGGGGUGAACACUUCUUUAUUUACGGUACUAUACACAUAUCUACGCACCCAUCGCUUGUGCAGCCUGUGCCGUAUGCUUGCGCCUGCACCUACACAAUUGACACACCCACUGGCAAUACAGUUACAUAUCCAAGCAACUGGCUUAUUGGCAGGCUUUCCUGGUCUGCGAGCUGUUCUGUCCUACUUCAACCCUUCUUCUCCCUCGACUUUGAGAUAAUGGGCGUUUGAAUAGUUCUGACGCUCAUUCAACCUCUUUACCUAUCAGCAUGAAUUCUGUCGCCCACAGCAUGAUCGAGGCUUCUCCAGCUCCUGCUGCUCCGCCCAUGCAACACCAACACCAACACCAACAGCCGCAACCUCCACCGUCUCCAUCUCCAUCGCAGCCGACCUCUGUAUCCGAAACCGCUCCGACGCCAUCCCUACCUUCAAUUUCGUCGCCCUCCGCUCAGUCUGCUUCGCUGCCUGCUGUUCUCGCCGCUGCAACAGCUGUCGCAUCAGUCUCCGUCCACUCACUUGCGCAAAAUCCAGAUGAGCUUCCCCCGCUCCGCCAACCGUCGCCGACCUCGCCGGCGCAUUAUACGUUCGAACAACACCAACAGCAGCAGCAGCACCAUCAUCCUCACCACAACCUCCACCCAGUUACGCCGCCGCUGAGGAAGGACACAUGCUCCUCCAUCUCAACUCAGGCCACUAGCGCUACCUUGGCCUCCACAGAGACCAAUAACACAUCGUACAGUGCCGACACCUCUCCUAACCUGCACCAGUCCAUUUUCUCUAUAAAGGAUGGCACCGACGUCUCUAACAACCGCCGCACGAGCAGGAGACGGACCGGGCCCCUUUCUCAGCAGUCCAGAGAACGCGCUGCACUCAUUCGAAAGCUGGGUGCAUGCAUCGACUGUAGGAGGCGACGAGUCGCUUGCCACCCCAGUCAUCAUAAUAUGACAUGGGAAGACGUCGUAACCAAGUUUCAUCGCUCGCAUAGCCCGACUAUUCAGGAUAUUGCACCUUCCCUCGCCGCUGCCGGCCGACCGCUGAGCCCCGCCCCCGCGAUUGCCAAUGUCCAGGCCUUGUUCCACGAUGCUCAGGAGAUGGAUAUCGAUUCCAGUACUCCUGGCUCUAACCUGCCCGGGCGCCCUCCGUUAAGUGACACUCGAAUUCGUACUCCUUUGCCCUCAGGCCCUCGCCUCGAGAAGUCCCUGUCUUUACCUGGCAUCGAGAGCUUCAAGAACGAUCUACAAUCCAAUGUGGGGCGUAUGCUUUCCACUCCCAGUCGGGAUCGAUACAGUUCCGUGCAGGUUCUGUUCCUAUUUUGGCAAGACGACGAAGAGGUCCCAAUAAUUCAGACCGCAGUCCGGGAGCUCGCUGAGGUUUUUGAUAAGUAUUAUCGCUACAACUUCCAAGUUCAAGCUAUCCCGUCGUCCUCUGACGGCUGCAAAAGCUCAUGGAGGUGGCUAUCAAGGGCGCUCAACGAGUUUGUUGAGGACCGCGAUGAACGUGAUAUGUUGAAAAUAGUCUAUUACGCAGGACAUACAUAUCUCGAUGGCAACCGUGAGAUGGUCCUGGCAAGCUCGCGAAAUCCAGAACAAGCCUCAACAAUCCGGUGGGGUGGUAUACAGCAAACUCUCGAAGAGGCUUGUGCCGAUACGUUGAUCAUUAUGGAUGCUGCAUACUACCCAUCUUCCAGAAUGGUUCGACAACAGGGCGUCCUGGAACUGCUUGCAGCUUCGGUAUCAGAAGAGCAUUAUUACGAUCUUGAUCGCUGUGCAUUCACUCGGGCUCUUGCUGAACAACUGCGAGUCCGGGCAGCACGCUUGAGUCCUCUUUCGGCUGCCGAGUUGCAUGCGAAUUUGUUCUCUCAGUACGCCAAAAUGGUCCAAGACAAGUAUCCAGAGAAAGAAGUAUUGACCAGUUUCCCCUCACCGCUACACAUGAUGAUGUCGGGCAACUCGAGGCUUCCGUCUAUCUUUCUUUCUCCAGUGUACCAGAACAGCCCCACGCGAGGAAGUUUCUCUUCGUACGAGAACAGUCCCCAAUUACACUUGUCUAUUCGACUGGACGAUGACAACGUCGACCUCGAGAGCUGGAAUGAAUGGCUGCGACUGAUGCCGGAAGGUAUCAGGGAUGUCAAGGUCGAAGGGCCUUUCCGAGCUACAUUUAGAUGAGUAACUUUGACCAUCGACUCUAUAUUCGACUUUGCUUGAUGACACUACCGGGAAACCGAUCCCACCAGCACCUCUGUCAAUUGAGGUAGACAACUCUUGAAAUAGAGUAUGUCUGUUGAGGUUCCCCUGAAAACGGAAACGACCUCAACUUUGAAGCUGGACAUGAUCGCCAAGAUCGGACAUGGCUUUUCAGAAUUAGUCCCACCACGGCGCGCUCACAUGAAUCACUCCCCUCUCAUGCCGGAAAUGCAUUGAUUACACUCUAAUUUGAUUUGAAAUGGAAUAAAUAAUGACGAGUCCAUGAAGCACAGCACAUGGAGUCUUGGGCGGAGCAAAAAGCAAAUGGGACUCCAGUUUGAUUCGCAUAAACCGGGGUUACUUGAAGGUCGAGCCGAGGAAUUACGGCUGGAUAUCUAUGAGAAAGGAUAUUGAUCGAUAUGGAAAGUAAUUUGGCAAAAAAGCGAGAGAAAGGUGACUCAGACGACCAGAAAGAGCGAGCGUGAGACAUGUUUGUUUAUAUAUAGGCACCUGCAUAUGCAAAGGUAGCAAGCAUUCUGCAGGUCAUGUUUCAUCAAGACCCGUUGAAGCUUUGUCUCAAUUUUUGUUUCACUCAGUAAAUCGGUCGCGUCAGGCAUAUCAUAACGGAUGUCGACAUAAAAGCUUUGACUAUAACAGGCAUGUGAAAGAGCAGCACCAGGGUCUAGCAAUGCAAGUGACGAUGACGAAAUGUCCAGCAUAGAGGAAACGAUGCACGGAUACAGUGAAAUUGGUGCAUGAUGGCGAGGCCGGGACCCAGGAGGCAGGCCCAUGAGUCGUUGGGUGAUAAAGCACGGAGUCUUUUGGCGGGACCAAAGCAAAAAAGUUUGUUGUUGAUGGGGGGUUGGGUCUGGCUUGGUCUGGUCUGGUCUGGUCUUGUCUUGUCUUGUCUUAGGAGGGGGAGGAAUUGGGAGUGAAAUAUUGGGCUCUGACUGAGUCUGGGUCGAGUAGAGGUAGUCUGAUUGACAAUUCAACUCUCGGCCUCGUUGUUCAAAUGCCAACGUAACAAUGCGACAUUUCUUGAAUCAAAUGAUAGGCGGUAAAGCAUGCCACAUCAUGGAUGACCACCCUACCUGCUAGGACCUUGCCUUGCCUUACCUAGGUACAAACGGGAACGGAUAUGGAUAUGGAUGUACGUUGACUGAAAAUCUGAACGAUGGAGCUUGCAAGGGUGACAUGUCGUUCAUUGCGAACCCCACUAGAGGACAAACAAGCUGCGUGGAUAUUGGAUGAUGGGCAGCAAAUUCAGACCCGAAAGAUCCCAUGCUAAAGUGCGGUAAGGCCGUCAAUUGACCCUCUGGCACCUUUUACUUACCCAAAGUAUACGGAGGAGGAACAGGAAACAGUAAAUCGAAAUGCAAAUCACGGCACGGCCCAGCCAUUUCAUUUUAUCACCGAGGUGACCGCCUGAGAAAAUUAUCACAGCCUGGUGAUAAGUGUUGGUGGUUAGCUGUUUAGCGCAUGGUAUGGUGGCCUACCUAAUCUGGAGCUGGACUGGAGC